UACAUUCUUAUCGCACCGGCUUCAUGAAGUAGUUGUUAAAGUCUCGGUUCGGGUUUGCCUUGAACCAGACCCCUAACCGAACCCGAUAAAACCCAUUGAAACAACACGUGUUGUCAUUUGUUGACAUUAAAUUCUUCUUGUAGCCUGUAGUGCUCAUUUAUGUUAUAGGAUACUCUAGUCCUUUUUUCUUAUUACUACGUAUUACUACGGUUCUUGGUGGACUGUGUCGCUGUGUUAAAGUCUUGUCGUGCAGAUGAGAGGUCCAGGUUUUGGUUGGGGUCGUCUGGCGUGGUCGUAUUUUAGCUGACAUCUAGCUGAAUAGGACGAAACCACCAGACAGCCUGUGAAUAGCUGUAUUGUGGAGCGCUGGCUGGGAGGGUCUUCAUCAUAGCAGCGUUCAGACUGACACGGUGUGUUGCCGUGUUGAGAAGUAAAUUACCGGUGACAGCGAGCUGUCCUGUUGUUUAUGGUCGCGCCUCGCUGUCAGCCCGCAGUGCCAGAGUCCCGUCAUCUCUGCCGAGGAUGCCGCAGACAAACAAAUCCAGAAACGUCCCAGCGUGUGAGUCCUCAGGCUCAGUUCAAACAGGAGCCUCAGCAGAAGAUAUAGACCCGGUGUCCCGGGAGGAGAGCCAGGCUGCAGGGGACUCAGCAGCAGUGGGAGGAGGAGGAGAGGACAAUGUUGGAGACAGCGAGAUAAUCAAGUCCCCCAGUGACCCCAAACAGUACAGGUACAUCGUGCUGGACAACGGCCUGCGUGCUCUGCUCAUCUCAGACUACAGCGGCCCGGCAGCAUCCGAAGACGAGGACUCAGAAGGAGAAGAUGAAGGUGAAGAGGAAGAGGAAGACAGUGGGUCUGGAGAUGAAACGGAGGACGAGUCUGAGGAGGAUGACGACGAUGAUGAGAAUGACAGUGAUGGUGAAGAUGAUGACAAUGAGGGGAAAAAGAAGAAAGGAAAUGCAGAGAAACAGUCUGCAGCAGCGCUGUGUGUUGGAGUGGGCAGCUUCAGUGACCCCAGUGACCUCCCCGGCCUCGCUCACUUUCUGGAACACAUGGUGUUCAUGGGCAGUGAGAAGUACCCCUCAGAGAAUGGCUUCGAUGCUUUCCUCAAGAAGCACGGUGGAAGCGACAACGCCUCCACCGACUGCGAGAGGACCGUCUUCCAGUUUGACGUCCAGAGGAAAAACUUCAAAGAGGCUCUUGACAGGUGGGCUCAGUUCUUCAUCUGCCCCCUGAUGAUCCGAGACGCCAUCGAUAGGGAGGUAGAGGCCGUCGACAGCGAGUACCAGCUGGCUAAGCCGUCGGACUCCCACAGGAAGGAGAUGCUGUUUGGCAGCUUGGCCAAACCUGGGCACCCUAUGGGCAAGUUCUGCUGGGGGAAUGCAGAGACGCUGAAGCAGGAACCAAAGAGGAAGAAGAUCAAUGUUUAUAAGCGACUGAGAGCAUUUUGGAAGAAACACUACUCUGCCCACUAUAUGACUCUGGCUGUGCAGUCAAAAGAGAAGCUGGACACUCUGGAGGAGUGGGUGAGAGAGAUCUUCAGCGAGGUGCCUAACAAUGAUCUACCCAAGCCAGAUUUCUCUGAUAUGCUGGAUCCCUUUGAUACAUCGGCUUUUAACAAGCUCUACAGAGUCGUCCCUGUUAGGAAAGUUCAUGCUUUAAAUAUCACGUGGGCCCUUCCUCCUCAGGAGAAAUACUACAGAGUGAAGCCUCUCCACUACAUCUCUUGGCUGAUUGGUCAUGAAGGCACAGGAAGCAUCCUCUCACUGCUCAGGAAGAAGUGCUGGGCUCUGGCUUUGUUUGGAGGAAACAGUGAAAGUGGCUUUGACCAAAACAGCACCUACUCUAUCUUCUCCAUCUCCAUCACCCUCACUGAUGAAGGUUUCCAAAACUUCUGCAAGGUGACUCAUCUGGUGUUCCAGUACCUGAAGAUGCUGCAGACGCUCGGACCCCAGAAAAGAAUAUAUGAGGAGAUUCAGAAGAUUGAAGCGAACGAGUUUCACUAUCAAGAGCAAAUUGACCCCAUAGAGUACGUCGAGGACAUCUGUGAGAACAUGCAGCUGUUCCCUAAAGAAGACUUCCUGACAGGAGAUCAGCUGAUGUUUGAGUUCAACCCAGAAGUGAUCAGUGCAGCUUUGUCCCUCCUCACCCCAGAGAAAGCCAACCUGAUGCUGUUGUCACCGGAACAUGAGGGCCAGUGUCCCCUCAGGGAGAAGUGGUUUGGCACACAAUACAGCAUGGAGGACAUACAGCAGGAGUGGAUGGAGCAGUGGACGGGGAACCUGGAGCUGAACAGUGACCUCCACCUUCCUGCCGAAAACAAGUUCAUCGCCACUGACUUCACCCUGAAGCCUUCUGACUGUCCAGACACCGAGUUCCCCGUCCGGAUAGCCGACAGCGACAGGGGCUGCCUGUGGUACAAGAAGGACAACAAAUUCAAAAUCCCUAAAGCCUACAUCAGAUUCCACAUAAUCUCUCCUGUAAUCCAGCAGUCUGCUAAGAAUGUGGUCUUGUUUGACCUUCUGGUCAACAUCCUGGGCCACAACCUUGCAGAGCCGGCCUAUGAGGCUGAAGUGGCCCAGCUAGAAUAUAAACUGGUUGCAGGUGAACACGGCCUGGUCAUUAAGGUCAAAGGAUUUAACCACAAACUGCCUCUGCUAUUCCACCUGAUCAUUGACCACCUGGUUGAUUUCUCUGCCUCCCCUGAUGUCUUCAGCAUGUUCGCAGAACAGCUCAAGAAAACCUACUUCAACAUCCUCAUUAAACCUGAGAAACUCAGCAAGGAUGUGCGUUUGCUGAUCCUGGAGAACUCUCGCUGGUCCAUGGUGGAGAAGUAUCAGGCUCUGACGGCCGGUCUGACCAAUGAGGAGCUGAUGGAGUUCUGCCAGAAAUUCAAGGCCGAGCUGUACGCUGAAGGACUGGUUCAGGGCAACUUCAGCAGCGCUGAGUCAAAACAGUUCCUGCAGUAUGUCACAGAAAAGCUGCAGUUCUCCAAGCUGCCAGCAGAGGUGCCGGUGAUGUUCAGAGUAGUGGAGCUUCCUCUCAAGCACCUCAUCUGUAAGGUCAAAUCACUCAAUAAGGGAGAUGCCAACUCUGAGGUCACCGUUUACUACCAGUCUGGCCCCAAAGCCUUGAGGGAACACACACUGAUGGAACUGAUGGUGAUGCACAUGGAGGAGCCCUGCUUUGACUUCCUCCGGACCAAAGAGACUCUGGGGUACCAUGUCUACCCCACCUGCAGAAACACCUCGGGCGUUCUGGGUUUCUCCGUCACCGUGGAAACACAAGCCACCAAGUUCAAUACCGAGCUGGUAGAAUUAAAGAUUGAAGAGUUCUUGGCUUCAUUUGGGGAGAAGCUCAAUUCGCUGACUGAGGAGGCCUUUAAUACUCAGGUGACUGCUUUAGUGAAGCUGAAGGAGUGUGAGGACACACACCUCGGGGAGGAAGUGGACAGGAACUGGACCGAGGUGGUUACACAGCAGUAUGUUUUUGACAGGCUCAACAGAGAGAUCGAGGCUCUGAAGCACAUGACCAGGGCUGAGCUGAUCUCCUGGUUCAAAGAGCAUCGAGGAGAGAACGGCCGCAAACUCAGUGUGCACGUGGUUGGAUUUGGUGCUGAGGAGAAUGACGAGGAGGCUGGUGCUAAAAAGCGAGACGGAGAAGAAGGCAAAGAGGAGGAUUUAAGCGGGUCUACCUACGGCGAGGUGUCUAAGCUCACUUUCCUUCCCGCCUCACCCAAGAUGGCGGGCUCGGUAGCCAUCAUGGACAUUCCUGCUUUCACUAAAGGCCUGCCUCUCUUUCCUUAUCACAAGAUACUCGAAUAACCCCAGACUGUGAGCCACACAGAUGGCUGUGCUUUGCCUCUCGCUGAGCCACGUUCAGGGACUCAACAGCUCUGGUUCCUCUUUGGACAAAGAUUCUGUGUGAGGGGCCCGGCUGUAGAUUUUACCCACGCUGUGUGCUUAAGCAAAAAGAUUGGAAGUGAUCUAGUUUUUUUGGGUUGUUUUUUUUUUUUUUUAACAAUCUAUUCUGCUUUCUCGCGCUCCGUUAUUUUACAUGGUCAGACACUGAGACAGUGUGGAAGCGCUCAAUCUAUUUCUCUAUCCCACACCGAAAAUCUUUGAAUCAAAUUCUCAUUUAUUUGGUUCUCCGAGCUCAGCUGCUAUUACAGCUCCAAAUCUGACUUUUUCCACUGCUUGUGUGGGAGCCCAGACUGAGUUUAACGCCAUGUAAGAAACACAAAUCAACUGUGAAAACUGCCUAAAUUCAGAGUCCUUUGAACUCCAGAUGUGUGUGUUCGAGUGAUUGCGUGCUGGUUUCCAAGCUGUGCUGUGCGCUACUCCUGUUAGCUGACCUGGCUCAUGGUGUGAGACAAAAGAAAUAAAUCAGUGAGUGAUGAGUGA